CGCAAAUAGAAAGAGCUCUCUGGAGUCUGGAAAAUUUCACUCUCACCCUCUCGCUGUUUUGCCGGAGCAACUGUCUUUGUCUCUCCUCCAUCGCCGUUUUCCCAAUCGUUGAAUCGAAAGCUUGAAACUUCAGAGCUCAGGCAAUCAAAUCCCUCGCAGGAAGUUGGAGGAUUUUGCCUUGGGAAGUAAACAAAAUGCCUCAGGUGAGGAUUAUUGCGAAGAACUUCAUGGACAUGGUGGCGGCUUUGCCCGCCAUGAAACUCGACAUUCUCUACGAGAAUCCAUUCAUCUGCGAAGCGAUUCUCAGGUCGCUGCCGCCAUUGGCGAAGAAGUACGUCACUCAAAUGCUGUUCUCGGAAGGCUCAAUUACUGCUAAAUUGUUGGAGGAAUGGGUGCUUCCUGAUGGUUCGACCAAGCACAGGGUCUCCAUUGAUAGACUAGUCCAGCUUAGAAUUUUUACUGAAUCAGUGGAAAGGAAAAAGGAGAAAUCUUACAGAUUGAACCCCACAUUUCAGGCUAACCUUCAGAAGCGUAUAACUACGGGAGGUGUUUUGCCAAGGGAACCGAUGCCUCCAAGUCUUACUGGAAGACUUCCUAGUUUGGAGGAACUUGAGAAGUAUGCCCUUGAGCAAUGGGAGUGUUUCCUGCUUCACCUUAUAAACUCAGGCCAAGCUGAAAAAGUAACUAGCUUUAGUCCUUCUAUGAUGCGUGUUUUCCAACGAGGUCUUCUAAGUCAGAGCAAAGAUCCUAAAUUGACUGAAAGUGGUUUCCAGUUUCUGCUGAUGGAGACAAAUGCACAACUCUGGUACAUCAUCAGGGAGUACAUAUCUAAUUCAGAGGUAUGCAUAAUCUAGCAAUUAUAAGCAGCUAGCAGUCUUGCGGUUGUUCAUAUCAUGUGUGCCCAUUUCUGGAGCGAGGUGUGGAUCCAGUAGACCUGAUUUCCUUCUUGUUAGAGCUCAGUUUUCAUAUGACUGGCAAGGCCUAUAAUUUGAAUACAUUGACUGAUGUUCAGAGGAGUACUCUCAGUGACCUUGCUGACUUGGGAUUGGUGAAACUUCAAAAGGGGAGGAAUGAUAGUUGGUUUAUACCUACUAAAUUGGCGACCAAUUUGUCUGUGAGCUUAGCUGAUUCAUCAACUCGGAAACAGGGAUCUAUUGUAGUGGAAACAAAUUUUAGGGUGUAUGAAUACUCGGCAUCUAAGCUGCAUUCUGAAAUUCUGCGUCUUUUCUCAAGGGUAGAGUAUCAUCUUCCUAACCUUAUCGUGGCAGCAAUCACAAAGGAAAAUUUGUAUGGUGCUUUUGAAAAUGGAAUCACAGCAGACCAGAUAGUGUCUUUUCUGCAGCAGAAUGCUCAUCCUCGUGUAGCACAGAGAACACCAUCAGUUCCGGAAAAUGUCACUGACCAGAUAAGGCUGUGGGAAACAGAUCUUAACAGGGUUGAGAUGUCUCCAGCCCAUUUGUACGACGAUUUCCACUCCCGGGAAGUGUUUGAGGCAGCUUGUGACUUGGCUCGAGAAUGGAGCGGUUUGCUGUGGGAAGAUUCAGACAAGAUGAGAGUGGUUGUGAAAGCAGAAAUCCACCAGAACAUGCGUGACUUCAUUCGCGGUCAGAGACAGUAGAUGAGAGAACUCAACCAUGCCGUCCAAUCAGCUUCCAUGAUGCCAGCUCUGUCACCAGAACCUGAAGUUGCCGCGGAUAAUUCCAGUGUUGUGACUGCGGUCGGAACAUGAUUGGCCAAGGACUUGAUGACUUGAUGUACAGAUGUUUUGUUCUCGCUGUAUAAUGAGUUUAAAGAAGUUCAGAAUUAUCAAUUAUGGCCUUCAUUCCUCCUUUGCAUGUAUGCUAGCUUUGGAGACCUCAAUCUCCAUAUUACUACAAUACUACUGUUAAAGAAGAAAAGCAAGUGCUGUUAAUAGAAGUACUAUAUAA